AUGUUGCAGACGACUGUAGAACUGAGAUGCGAGGCAGGUCCCGCGCCAUUCGUGCUUCGGCCUUAUGCGGGCCUGUACAACCCGUUCUCGCAUGGAUGCUCGGUCCUCUGCAACCAUCCCGCCGACACGGACGCAAAGGAGUUCGUGAGACGGGCAAAGGAGGCCUGGGCUUUGGAAGGUAAGACUCAUAAUUUCCAAGAGGACUUGAGCAAGAUUCAAGAUGAUAAGGAGAAAAACAGAACGCCGCACGACAUUGUUACCGAGGACAUGUUUAGGAGAUACACAGAGACGGACUCGAGGCCUCUCACGCCAGCGCCUACGCUCGCUAGCGGCAAGUCCAGGGGAUCCAGAAGGUGCCUGACGCCAGACCAGCCCCGCCAGAAGACGACCAUUGUGCUGGAUUUGCGUCGCAGCCACAGCCAGGAAACUCUAUACUACCGCGGCUACGGGACCUCCGAGCUGACUGCCGGCCACAGCGCCACCAACGACCGGUCGACGCUACCAUCCCUGAAUCUUUCCGAAAGCGGUCACGAUCGACUCGUGACGGUGCAAUGCGAGCACCUGCCACCAAUAGCGUCUCCUUUAGUGCUGUCGAAGAGGGAUCUGCCUGCUAAAGAACCACUUAGUGUGAGAACUGCCAGGAAGGAAAUCCGCAACACAAAGAAAUACAAAGCCACGAAGCAGAAUGCAAGGAAAUCACAAGCGGUGCGGUCAUGUGAUUGCACCUCUUUACACCUGUCGAGAGUCGUCAUCGAGAGUGGAUCGAAGAAAAGGAGGCGGUUCCCACCGAAUGCUGUCACGGCGGUGACGUCAUGCGACCCCACAAGCACAAAUAGAAGGAUUAAGCUACCCAACGUACAAGUGAAAAGUAAAGCACCAAAGAACGAAAAGUCGGUCGAAAGGGAAGAUUUCUUUAGUAAUUUGGAGAAUCAACUCAAGGCUUUGAACUUAAGCAAGACGGUGAAAAGCAAGAAAAAUGAUAUGCCUGCGUCUCAGCGGUCAAAAGGUGACAAAGACAGCAACAGCUCAAAUCGAACUGAGAAUGCACAUGGAGAAGACAUUGGCGGUGGUGAGGUUCGGCGACGUGGUAAACGCAGGCGUAAAGUCCGCGGUGGCAGCGAUCGCCUCACUUCCGCGGGCUUAGCUGCUCAAGCUCAACAGGAUCCCGAGACACAGAUCGCCGGGAUCGGCACCAAUUCGCACAAUGCCAGCUCCCGUGGCUCCAUAGCAAUUGCUGAAGAUGUGCCAUUGCCGCUGAUUGUCAAGCCAGUCGCAGCUUGCAACGCCGACUCAUUCUUAGAAGGCGACAUCCUUAAGUAUUUGCAUAGGGAGGUCGACGAGGAGGCUAUUGAAACCGAAUUCGAUACAAAGCGCCGUUACGUACUCCAAGAAGCUCUUAGAACUAGAGGCUCGAGGCCGCCCGGACCUGAAAUGAUGAACCUACUACGGGAACUGCAGGUAUCCAGCGUCAGUCUGUCUGACUGGUUGCAUAUUCCAAGGGUAUUCAGCAGGCAGAACGGUCGCUUUGGGCUGCCCAUAGACACUUAUGAACUGGAGGCAUUGUCACCUAUGUUAUAUGCUGCAAGGUUUGUCACAGUCAAAAAGUCGAAGCAGCUUCUGUAUCUGACAGUUCUAAGGAAGUUCACACCGCAAGGAUAUAGGAUGCCUAUAAAAGAUAUCGAUGAAGGACUCAUCCUAAUGAUGGGGGGAAUAUUGAACAAGGAACACGUGAAUCAGUUCAAAGCCAUCAUGGAAUGGGAUUCCUAUACAGAAGGAGACAAUAUCCCGGACGAAAUUAAACUAACGUUAUUGGAUGAGGAAUAUAAGGCGCAGUUUCCUUCACAGGAUGUUGACUCCGAGAAGAGCGAUCUAAAAACUAUCAAAUAUCGCACGUGGUGCGGUUUAUGUGCCAUUUGCGAACGUAUGUACGGACGAUUCCCGCCCAGAGAGAAGGAUCCACCUGACGGGAUGGAGUUAAGUGACUUUACGAUGAUAGAAACAAAACUUUCAGUAUUAAAAGUUCACAGCAGUCUGAUAGAAAUACUAAAUGUAAUAAGAGUACGU